CAAUAACAUCAUUUUUCAUGAUUUUCAUGUGUAAGUAAACGUCAGGUCUUUCUCCGCUGUGUCGCGAAUCCAAUAAAGAAUAAUCGUAAAUUCACAUUUUUAAGGAAUACAAGUUUAAGUUAUAUAAUGGUCAGUGAAAUUCCCGCCAAGCUUCAAAUCGGCCCCAAGGAUGGAAUUAGCUAUCCCUUGUCGGUGCAGUACUGCGGACACUGCUCGAUGCCCCUCGAGUACUGCGAAUACUAUCCGGACUACGAGAAGUGCAAACAGUGGCUAGAGAGGAACCUUCCGUCGGAAUUUGAAAGACUGAAAACUGGCGCAGCGUCGGGUGGAAAUGUAGCGACAUCAGGCGCCCCCGGCGAGGGCAGUACCCCCGAUGGCGAAGGUGCGAAUGCCGCCGGCGAAGAGGACAAAAAGCGCCAGAAGCGUGGCGGAAAAGGAAUGAUGAAAACAAAGAAAGCCAAGGAUGACGGACCAAAGAAGAUUUGCGUUUCCCGGUCGGCUCGCGGUAAGAAGAAAUCCGUAACGGUGGUCACCGGAAUGGCCACAUUUGACGUUGACCUGAAAGUGGCGGCCAAGUUUUUCGGAACCAAGUUUGCAUGCGGUUCGUCGGUGACGGGAGACGAUGAAAUCGUGAUUCAGGGCGACGUCAAGGACGACCUGUUUGAUGUGAUUCCCGAAAAGUGGCCGGAAAUUGAUGAAGAUUUUAUUGAAGAUCUGGGCGAUCAGAAGCGGUAGGCGAAUGACGCAAACUACAAUUGCCGGGAUUAAUUUAUUCUCAAGUAAUGCAUAAUAAAAUAUUCUAAACUAA